CUCCUGCUCAGGCCCAAAUCAUCCAUGCUGGGCAAGCAUGUGUGGUGAAGGAAGACAACAUCAGCGAACGUGUUUACACGAUUCGGGAGGGGGACACGCUGGUCCUGCAGUGUCUGGUCACCGGACACCCGCGGCCACAGGUGAGAUGGACCAAAACCGCUGGCAGCGCGUCGGACAAAUUCCAAGAGACGUCAGUGCUUAACGAGACCCUUCGGAUUGAGAAGAUCCAAAGGCUGCAGGGGGGCCGCUAUUACUGUAAAGCAGAAAAUGGGGUUGGGGUCCCUGCCAUCAAGUCCAUUCGAGUAGAUGUGCAGUAUCUAGAUGAGCCUGUUCUCACCGUUCACCAGACCAUCAGCGAUGUACGUGGCAGCUUCUACCAGGAGAAGACUGUCUUCCUCCGCUGCACUGUCAACUCCAACCCACCAGCUCGCUUCAUCUGGAAGCGGGGAGCCGAGACGCUUUCCCACAGUCAGGACAAUGGUGUGGACAUCUAUGAACCCCUCUACACCACACAGGGUGAAACCAAAGUCCUGAAGCUGAAGAACCUGCGGCCCCAGGAUUACGCCAGCUACACGUGCCAGGUGUCUGUCCGCAAUGUCUGCAGCAUCCCUGACAAAUCCAUCACCUUCCAGCUCACAAAUACCACAGCCCCGCCUGCUCUGAAAUUGUCUGUCAAUGAGACGCUGGUGGUCAACCCCGGUGACAACAUCACUAUGCAGUGCUCUCUGACGGGUGGUGACCCACAGCCGGAGGUGGUUUGGUCUCACUCUCCUGGCCCAAUGCCUCCCAACAGCCUCGUGCAAGGAGGCAACCUCACCAUCUGGAGAAUCCGUGUGGAGGACUCUGGGUACUACAACUGCACAGCCAUCAACAAUGUGGGGAACCCAGCGAAGAAAACGGUGAACCUGCUGGUGCGGUCCAUGAAGAAUGCCACGUUUCAAAUCACCCCUGAUGUGAUCAAAGAGAGCGAGACCAUCCAGUUAGGGCAGGACUUGAAGCUCUCAUGCCACGUAGAUGCUGUUCCCCAGGAGAAGGUUGUCUAUUCCUGGUACAAGAAUGGGAAACCAGCCAGGUUCUCCGACCGGUUGCUCAUAACCCGGAAUGACCCUGAGCUCCCACCUGUGACCUGCAGCUUGGAGAUUAUUGACCUGCGAUUCAGCGACUAUGGCACCUACCUGUGCGUGGCUACCUUCCAGGGAGCACCCAUUCCUGACCUCAGUGUGGAGGUGAACAUCUCCUCAGAGACAGUGCCACCAACCAUCAGUGUCCCUAAGGGUCAGUCCACCAUCACUGUCCGUGAGGGCUCCAGGGCUGAGCUGCAGUGCGAGGUUCGAGGGAAGCCCAAGCCACCCAUCAUCUGGUCCCGGGUAGAUAAGGAAACCCCCAUGCCUUCAGGGACAAUGACAAUGGAGACGUAUGAUGGGAAGCUGCGCCUGGAGAGCGUGAGCCGAGAAAUGAGCGGGACCUAUAAAUGUCAGACAGCCAGGUACAACGGCUUUAACAUCAGACCCCGGGAAGCCCUGGUGCAGCUCAACGUGCAGUUCCCUCCCGUGGUGGAGCCGGCCUUCCAGGAUGUGCGCCAGGGUCUGGGGCGCAGCGUCACCCUGCGCUGCACCAUGCUGAAGGGCAGCCCCAUGAAGGUGGCCACCUCCGUCUGGCGCUUCAACGGGACCCUGCUGGCCCAGCCCCUGGCAGAGCAGCAGGACUACUCCGAGCUGAAGGUGGACAGCGUCAGCCGGGAGACCAGCGGUAGCUACGAGUGCAGCAUUUCCAACGACGUGGGGGUCUCCACCUGCCUCUUCCAGGUGUCUGCAAGAGCUUACAGCCCAGAGUUUUACUAUGACACUCCCAACCCCACCUUGAGCCAGAAGCAAUCCAAGAAUUACUCUUACGUCUUGCAGUGGACACAGAAGGAGCCCGAUGCUGUGGAUCCUAUCCUUAAGUACCGCUUGGAAGUCCGGCAGCUGGCUCAGAGAAACACCGUCCAAACCUUCAUUCCCGUGCAGAAAAUGGAGAAAGGCCUGUUGCUGGAGCACAUCUUGCCCAACCUGAAAGUGCCUCAGAGCUAUGAAGUUCGCUUGACACCUAUCACCAGCUUUGGGGCUGGAGACAUGGCUGCCCGCAUCAUCCGGUACAUGGAACCAAUCAACUAUCCCAACCCAACAGAUAACACCUGCCGCUUUGAGGACGAGAAGAUCUGCGGCUUCAUGCAGGACAAGAUGGACAACUUCGACUGGACCCGGCAGAAUGCCUUGACCCAGAACCCCAAGCGCACCGUCAACACGGGGCCCCCCAUGGACAUCAGCGGUACGCCAGAGGGUUAUUACAUGUUCAUUGAGGCAUCCCGGCCCCGGGUGACAGGGGACAAAGCCCGUCUCAUCAGCCCCCUCUACAACAUUACUGCCAAGUACUACUGUGUCUCCUUCUACUACCACAUGUACGGGAAGCAUAUCGGCUCCUUGAACCUGCUAGUUCGCGUGCGGAACAAGCGAGCCAUCGACACCCAGGUCUGGUCGCUCAGUGGGAAUCGGGGGAACAUGUGGCAGCAAGCACACGUGCCCAUCAACCCGCCUGGGCCCUUCCAGAUCAUCUUCGAAGGUGUUCGGGGCACGAGCUAUGAGGGGGACAUCGCCAUUGAUGACGUCACUCUGAAAAAGGGGGACUGUCCAAGGAAGCCAAUUGGACCAAAUAAGGCGGUUGCUCUUCCAGGAAGCGGUGUCCCGGCCUUGUACAGCCCUUGUCUUUGUGGCCCAUUGACUUUCUUCCUUUACGUGCUGCUCAGAUGAUGGCAAGCGAG